AUGUCUACGGUAGCAAGCUUGACCUAUGUCACAGCAAAGACGACCGACGGUAAAAAGCAUUGGGUCGAGGGCGGCGUGACAGAGGGUAGGAGUAACUUUACCGAAGAGAAUCACCGCCUCACGAUUCAUGACCUCUCCGAUCCUGCUACAGAACUCAAACCAUCUCUCGAUGUCAAUGGAUUCGAAGUUGUUUCUCAUGCAGCUGUUGAAAAGGACUUUUUGAACGAAGAAGCCAUCAAAUCAGGCUACUACAAGGAGAUGGAAGAGUUUCUCAAGGGACACACUGGCGCAUCUCGCAUAUUUCUCUUUGAUCACACAAUCAGGAAGCCAAAUACUCUCCGUGGCCCGUACCCUCGCGUGCACGUCGACCAAACUACCAAGGCAGCUUACAAACGUGUCGAGAAGCACCUGCCGGAGCUGGCGUCAAGUCUGAUUCAGAAACGCUUCCAGAUCAUCAACAUGUGGCGACCAAUUGAGAACCCAGCAUACAAGCAUCCGCUUGCCUUUGCCGACUUCAGCUCCGUGGAUGUCAAGCAAGAUUCAUUCGCCACGGAUCGCAUUGACCUCGACAAUCCGGGCGUUGAACCGGGUGAAACGGUUGCUUUAGCGUACAACGAAGCGCACAGAUGGUACUAUCACAAGGAUCUUGCGACAGACCAAGUUGUUCUGAUCAAGUGCUUUGACAGUGAUGGAACAGUUGCCACUUUUUCGCCUCACACAGCAUUUGUUGAUGACCAGUCUGAUCCAAGCAAACCUGAGCGACAGAGUAUCGAGCUACGCGCUCUUGUCUUUUACGAUUAA